AGAGACCAUCAAAAAGUUUGAUGUUUUUCCAUUGUUUUCCAUAAAUGCGCGUACACAUCCCACAGAUAAGGCAUUAGUUUGCUUGGCACAGCACGCUGAACAUGUCGAAAACCAAUAAAGAACGCAAGCUAAAACACCUUUUCGACGGUGGCGACUGGAAUGUCUACGAACCGAACAUCCUAAACCUAGGAGUUGGUGCCCCGGGGACUGAUCUCCUUAACUCCAACUGCGAUAACUUCAGGAAGGCCACGGAUCACUGUUUGCAACGUGAAAAGCUGGAAAAUCAGUCCCUGAUCUUUCAGUAUGGACCUACAAGUGGUACGUUUGAGGUGCGCCGUGAGAUUUCCACAUAUUUCACAGAAAUGUUUGAGAGUCCCGUGAACUGUGAGGAUUUGAUGAUCACCACAGGAGCUACCCAGGGCCUUCACCUUCUUCUAUCCACGUUGAUAGACUUUCAGGGUUUCGUCUUCGUGGACGAGUACUCCUAUAUGAUCGCCCUGGAUAGUAUCAAACACUUUAGCAGCCUCACAAUAGUUCCUGUAAAGCUAAACGAUGAUGGCGUGGACUUGAAGGACCUUGAGGAACAGGUUUCCAAACGUCGUUUCAGAUCGGAGAAAAAGGAGUUCUGGGGAAUGUACUAUACCAUACCUACCUAUCAUAAUCCCACGGGGAUUCUAUUCUCGCCAGAGGUCUGUCGCGGAAUUGUGCAACUGGCCCGCAAGUUCGACUUCCUGGUGGUCUGCGAUGAUGUAUAUAAUAUCCUUCACUACGGGGAGAAGCCCACCAACUGCCGUUUGAUGUCCUAUGACGAUAGAAAUGAUGCUGACUUUGCGGGACACGUUAUUUCUAAUGGAAGUUUCUCCAAGAUUCUGGGCCCUGGAGUUCGCGUGGGCUGGCUGGAGGUUCCUCCGCGACUGAAGCCAAUUCUGGACGGAAGUGGUUUUGCUAACAGCGGUGGAUGCUUUAAUAACUACACAUCUGGAAUCGUGGGGAGUCUCUUCGAGCUAAAGCUAGCUCAAACGCAAAUAACCGUGUUCUAUGAGGCGUACAAGGAGCGAAUGCUGGCCACCACGCAGGUGCUUCGAGAUGAGCUGCCCGAGGGCUGCAAGUUGGUCAGUCCCACUGGGGGCUACUUCAUCUGGGUGCGAAUUCCUGAUCAGCUAGACUCCCGAGAGUUCCUCAAGUACUGCCUGGAAAGUCAGAGGAUUUACUUUAUAGCGGGAACACGCUUCUCUGUCGAUGGUCAAAGUGGCAAGCAGUUCUUCCGUCUGUCCAUCGCAUUCUACCCAAAGGAAAAGCUGGUGGACGGAGCCAAGAGACUCUGCCAGGCGCUUAGGGAUUAUAUAGCCACUCAAAAGAUCCCCCACGGCGUAUCUUAAUAUGGCAAAAUAUCUUUUAUUAAUGUGGUUAACUGCUAUCGUACUUUAAAUAUGACUUAAAAAUGUGACUUGGCACUAAACUACUUAUCAAGACGUUAUCUACUACAUAAAGAAAUAUAUGACAUACAAACA